GGAAAAGAUUAUCCAUAGUCUAUUCAACUCGCUUCCUGGUGCAGUUCACUGCAACCUGCGAUGACAGGUUUUUGUAUAAUGUCUGCUGACAGUAACACAUUUGAAAGCGUAAAAGCUGUUAUCUUGUCAGCUCAUAAAAGCACCACAUCAGAAGAGAAGGUCAGCUUCUACAACCGCUGGGCAGAAAACUACGAUCAGUUGCUACAUGUGAAAGACAUUUCCUCAGAUGUGGCCGUUUUGGAUUACCGUGCACCAAGUCUGGCAGCAGACUGCAUCUCGUCCCAUUUCAGCAACGUGCGAGAGGCAGCCGUCGUGCUGGAUGUGGCAUGUGGUACCGGACUGGUGGCCAAACACAUGAAAAAACUCGGGUUUGAACAUUUUGUGGGUGUGGAUGGAAGCGAGGCCAUGCUGGGCAGGGCGAGAGAGAGCGGCUUGUACCAGGACUUGAAGCAGUGCUUGCUGGGAGAGGAGCCUCUCCCCGUACAGUGGGGCAGCUUUGAUGUGGUUGUAAUUGUUGGAGCGUUAAGUGCUGGUCAGGUCCCUAUUGGUAUCGCCAGACACUUGUGCAAUGCCACCAAAUCAGGUGGCUCCAUUUGCAUGACAACCAGAAGUAACCAGGAUAACUUGGAGUACAAAGCUGCCCUUGACAGCGAGCUGAGGAAGAUGGAGGAAGAGGAGCUCUGGACUUGUUUAGAGGUCACCGAGGUCAAAGACUGGGAGAGGGCUGUAUCAGAGAAGGAGGACGGCUACAUAUCUGGAGUUGUGUACCUCUAUAAGAAACUGUAACGCAUUAUUUUGAAUUGUUAUGAGUUGCAUGAUGCAGUUGGUAUCACUGUUGCCUUGCAGGAUGAAGGUUGUGGGUUCAAAUCCCAGGUUAGGAUCUUUCUGCAUGGAGUUUCUCCCUGUGCUUGCAUCCGUUCUGUCGGGGUACUCCGGCUUCCUCCAACGGUCCAAAAACAUGGACCGUUGUAUCUUUAAAUUGUCCUGAGAGGUGUGCAUGUUUUUCCUGGUGACCCGUCCAGGGUGCGACCCGAAUGUCGCCCAAAAACAGCUGAAAAUAUCCAGCAAAGGAUGAGCAGGUAAACACUAUGAAUGGUAUAUUGUUUUACUAAAGGAUCUCUUAAGACUUGAAUAAAAUAUAAUUAUACUGUU